AUGCUAGCUAAGGAACAACAGAAAGAUGCGCUAGCAUCUUCGGGUUUACAGAUAUCCUGCCCAUUCAACCAGGCUUUGGCUUUGAGAGAGGGGCCCAAUAGGACGGGUAAAAUGUCUACAAUUAUUUUUAUUCGUGACAAAAAUUCACGCGGUCAAGAGAUCUCGGGUUACAUAGAUUAUGCUCAUCGGUUAAAAACUGAAGAAUUUGUAUUAUACUUUACAGACAAAAAGAAAUUACUCCCAAGACCUGGAGACUUAAGUUUCUAUAACUGGGAGACUCAGAAUGUUGUCGCCACUUCAUCAGCGAACUACACUGUAAUAUCAGAAAAUGCAACCGGAUUGUUGUUUAGAAAUAAACGUGAUAGAAAAAUACUGAAUGUUGACCCAAAUGCUGCUUCACCUGGUGAUAAUUCAAAAAGAACAGUAAUUGAAACGGAUAAAUACCUUCAAGUUGUUAUUUACGAUCAUAUAACGAGGAGAAAAACAUGA